UAUAGCUCAUCUCUAAUCACGUUUACGUAAAUCCAGCAAUAUUAGAGUCGUAAAAUGUCUAAAAAUUUGUUUUUAUCAAUUACAAACUUUCUAAGGAACGUGGAGCGCCUGUUCCUGCCACAUGGAGGACAUCCGCCAGUAUUGGCUUUGGCCGGUUUUCAGCAUGAGCACAGCCAAAAAAGUUCCCUGGAAUUCAGUUUAAAGAACUUAAUUGGCGAUGGAAUGUUGUGGGCAGUACCGAAACACCGGAGAUCUGUGGAAAAGCGCCUAAAACGGAAGUUUGGUUUCCCGGAAUACAACUGGAAGCCUCUGAGGGAAAAGAGAAAUAUCCGUUCGUGCUUGCAAUGUGGACAUGACCACGAAAUGGGGGUUCUAUGUCCUUUCUGCUACCAGAAAGUUCUGAAAGAAACGGAGCUCAUGCAGUCGAAAAUACAGGAGACACUUGGUCUAGAUCCAGUGGACAAGGAAGUAAUCGUUCUCUAUGAAGGAGAAAAAGCAGAGCAAACCUCAGAAGAGCUUAAAGGCAAACGCAUCGUGGAGAUGAAAAAGCCGCGUCCCAUGUGGUUCACCAAGAAUCUGCUCCAAAAGUCCACACAGCAGCUUUCCGAAACCAAGGAGGUUAAGCCCUCCGACUUAGCCUAGAUAAAAAGCAUCCAUUUUGCAUUAAAAAUACUAUCUUUGUUAUCAA